GGCAGCCCAGUUAUGUUACUGGACUCGGGCCCAGUUGCAGUAGCUAUCCCGUACUUCUAAGAACAACUCAUCGCGGCCUCCAUUCUCCUCUUCCUCCGAUCAGGGUUUCCUCGCGCCGCCGCCGCCUUCGUCCCCGCCGCCAAGAUGCCGUCGCACAAGACCUUCCGGAUCAAGCAGAAGCUGGCCAAGAAGCAGCGCCAGAACCGCCCCAUCCCCUACUGGAUCCGCAUGCGGACCGACAACACCAUCAGGUACAACGCGAAGCGCAGGCACUGGCGCCGCACCAAGCUCGGGUUCUAAGCAGGGGAAGAGAGAGGGAACCGGAUGCUGCCGCUUGGAGAUGGAUCUAGGGUUUAUGAGUUGCCUCAUAUUUCGAUGUUUCUGUAAGCUAGCAAGUGGAUCCGGUUUCCCAAUUUUAAGAAUUUACUUGUGUUGAAGAGAUUAUAUUAGUACUUCUUGUAGCGUACCUGGGAUAUCACCAUGUUGUGCUGAUUCAGAAGCCACUUUUAUCCUGCUUA